AUGAACUGGAGGGGCCCCCCGCCGAGCCGGCCCCCGCGGCACCCCCCUCAUCUCCUGUUGGCUUUGCUCUGUAGACUUGAGUUUCCGACAGAGCAGAAUAAUGUGUCUCCCCCUCCUCCCAUUGGGAGAGCUGGGUUCCCCCUCCUCCCCCUCGAGAGUGCAGGGUCCCCCCCUCCCUCCCCCAGGAGGGUGACGCUGGUGUCUCCAGUGGGAGUGAUGCCACAAAGCUCCACGCGUCUGUUCCUGUCUGCACUGGUACUGGCACUAUGUGUGUGCGCCCGCCCCACCACGGACCAGCUGGGGGCGCUGCUGCGGACCGACAAGCACCAGGACCUCCUCCUCUCCUCUCUGCUCCUUUCUGAGCUCCUGUCUCUGGAGAACAACUCGGUCCAGGACCUGGACCCAGACUCUGAGGGCAUGCAUGUGGACCCAGGACGUGUGCACUUGGACCCGGACUCUGAGGGGGUGCACCUGGGCGGGGUCACACCGGGACCGGGACGGGGACCAGAGAGCAGGGCACAUCUGUGGAGGACAGACCGGGACCGGGACCAGCGAGCAGGGGACAUCUGUGGAGGACAGACCGGGGACAUACCCGGAGCUCAGCGCCACAUCUGUGGAGCGGCAUCAUGGAGACAAGCUGCGUGCGCAUAUCCGUGGCGCCGUGAGACGUCAGGAUUCACCGGAGACCGGAGCACACCGGAGGACAGGCCGUCACAGCUCUUCCUCCUCCUCCAUGGAGCUCCUCUCCCCGCUCCUCGCGCUCUGAUCUCGGGGUGCAGGAUGAGCGUCGCGCUGCAGGAGCUACGGAACCAACCUUUAGAGCCCAAACUCCUGCCUGAGUCUGGCCUGGACCCUCCUGACCAGCAGAACCCUCACACCUCACUCUGGUCCUGCACCAUUCUCCGCCUGCUCACUGCCAUCUUGGCCUGUCCUAAGACGAAGCUGAGCCACUGCCCCCUCCUCCUUCACCUCUGUCUUUCCUCUGCACCUCCUUCACCUCUGUCUCUCCUCAGCACCUCCUUCACCUCUGUCUCUCCUCUGCACCUCCUUCACAUCUGUCUCUCCUCUGCACCUCCUUCACCUCUGUCUCUCCUCUGCACCUCCUUCACAUCUGUCUCUCCUCUGCACCUCCUUCACAUCUGUCUCCUCUGCACCUCCUUCACCUCUGUCUCUCCUCUGCACCUCCUUCACCUCUGUCUCUCCUCUGCGCCUCCUUCACCGCUGUCUCUCCUCUGCCCCUCCUUCACCUCUCUCUCCUCUGCACUUCUUCCACCUUUGUCUCUUCUCUGCACCUCCUUCACCUGUCUCUCCUCUGCCCCUCCUUCACCUUUGUCUCUCCUCUGCACCGCCUUCACGUCUGUCUCUCCUCUGCCCCUCCUACACCUUUGUCUCUCCUCUGCCCCUCCUUCACUGCUGUUUCUCCUCUGCCCCUCCUUCACCUCUAUGUCCAACUAUAAGCGGGCCACGCUGGAGGAGGACGAUGGCCCAGAUGCCCUCCCAGAGACCGGCUCCAGCCCCAUGGGGAACCAGGACCAGGACCCGGACCUGGAUCAGGUGGAGGUGGGCUUCAGGACCACGCGGCCAGGGAUCCUGGGAUCCAGGACCAGACUGGAGCUGCUGCUGGGGGGCCUCCUGCUGCUGAGUCUGAUGUCUCUGUGCGUGUGUGCUCUGCUGCUGGGACUGAGGCUGAGACCAGAGCGCUCCGUGUGCCUGUCCCAGUCCUGCGUCUCAGUCGCAGCUCGGAUUGUGGACUCUCUGGACCGCACCGUGGACCCGUGUCAGGACUUCUACCAGUUCUCAUGUGGAGGAUGGAUCCGGAAAAACCCGCUCCCAGAUGGACGCUCGCGAUGGUCCACCUUCAACAGCAUCUGGGAGCAGAACCAGAACCUGCUCAAGCACCUGCUGGAGAACGGGACAUUCCCUGGAAACUCGAGUUCAGGAGGAAGUGAAGCCGAGAGGAAAACGCAGGCGUAUUAUUUGUCCUGCCUCAACUCGGCCAAGAUCGACGAGCUCGGAGCCACGCCUCUAAUACAGCUCAUUAACAAGUUGGGCGGCUGGAACAUCUCUGGUCCCUGGGAGAAGGAGAACUUCAUGGAAGUCUUGAAGAUGGUCUCUGGUCCUCUCCGUGCUCAGCCGUUCUUCAGCGUCUCUGUGAGCACCGACCCCAAGAACGCAAACUGCAACGUCAUCCAGGUCGACCAAUCAGGGCUCUUUUUACCAUCCAGAGAUUAUUACCUGAACAAGACGGCCAAUGAGAAGGUCCUCCAGUCCUACCUCUCCUACAUGGUGGAGCUCGGGACCUUGUUAGGAGGUGAGCAGGAGUCCACUCUGCAGCAGAUGAAGAACAUUCUGGACUUUGAGACGUCUUUGGCCAAACUCACAGUUCCACAGGAUCAGAGGCGGGACGAGGAGAAGAUCUACCAUAAGGUCACCAUCGCAGAGCUGCAGACCCUGGCCCCUGCCCUUGACUGGCUGGACCUCCUCUCCUCCUCCCUCUCUCCCCUCGACCUGAACGACACCGAGCCGGUCGUGCUCUACGCCAAAGAAUAUUUGCAGCAAGUCUCGGAGCUCAUAAACCGGACCGACAAGAGUGUGCUGAAUAACUACAUGCUGUGGACCCUGGUGCAGAAGAGUGUGACGAGUUUGGAUCAAAGAUUUGAGAACGCACAAGACAAACUACUGCAGAGUCUGUACGGGACCAAGAAGUCCUGUACCCCUCGCUGGCAGACAUGUAUAGGUUAUACAGACGACACUCUGGGCUUUGCUCUUGGUUCACUCUUCGUCAAAGCAACGUUUGACAAACACAGCAAAGGCAUUGCGGAGCAAAUGAUUAACGAGAUCCGGACUGCAUUUAAAAACAAUCUGGACAAACUGCACUGGAUGGACCCCGAGACGCGGCGCCACGCCAAGGAGAAGGCUGACUCCAUCUAUGACAUGAUUGGGUUUCCUGAGUUCAUCCUCGACCCCAAAGAACUAGACGACGUUUAUGAUGGAUACGAAGUCUCGGACGACAGCUUCUUCCAGAACAUGUUGAACUUCUAUAACUUCUCAUCAAGAGUGAUGGCGGACCAGCUGAGGAAGAGCCCCAACAAAGACCAGUGGAGUAUGACUCCGCCCACAGUGAAUGCAUACUAUAUGCCGACAAAGAACGGGAUUGUGUUUCCAGCAGGAAUUCUACAGGCGCCAUUUUACGCACAUGACCAUCCAAGGGCUUUGAACUUCGGGGGGAUCGGUGUAGUGAUGGGCCACGAGCUGACACACGCCUUUGACGACCAAGGCCGGGAGUACGAUAAGGAGGGGAACUUGCGCCCCUGGUGGCAGAACAGCAGUAUUGAGGCGUUCUCCGAGCGCAGUCGCUGUAUGGAGCUGCAGUAUCACAACUACAGCGAUGGGGGAGAGAGGGUGAACGGGAAGCAGACACUGGGGGAGAACAUGGCCGACAACGGGGGACUCAAGGCAGCCUACAGGGCAUAUCGGUCCUGGGUUCAGAAACACGGUGAGGAGAAGCUGCUUCCUGCGGUGAACCUGACCAAUGACCAGCUCUUCUUUGUGGGAUUCGCACAGGUCUGGUGCUCAGUCAGGACCCCUGAGUCAGCCCAUGAGGGUCUGGUCACAGACCCCCACAGUCCUCCUCGCUUCAGGGUCCUGGGGACUCUAUCCAACUGUCCUGAGUUCAGUCAGCACUUCCUCUGUCCCCCAGGGGCCCCCAUGAACCCAGGCCCCGGCCAGCGCUGCGAGGUGUGGUGA